GGGGGGGUGCAGGACUGUUGGAGUCGGGCCUCCUUUUAAAACAAAAUUAUCGGGUGCAUGUGGGUGCGUGUGUAUGUUUACAGACGCCGUAGCCACCAGAUCCUAAGGAGAGAAGCGGGUCCUUCUCGGUGCCCGGCGGCAGUGGCUCUCUCCCGGCAGCUUCUGGCAUAAAUAGACAGGAACCCGCCGACCGCCCGCAGCCUGCGCCCCGCGUCUGGCCGGGAGAGGCACCUCCCGCCGCGGCCAAAGGAAACUUGAUGCGGAGCCCGGCGGCGGUCCCAGGGCUCGCCCGCCUGCCGGACUCGGGGAAGGGUCGCGGGCGUCGGGUGCCAGCGGCCGGGGCCGGCGGGCGGGCUCGGAACCCGGCUGGGCGCCGGGCCUGGCCGGCGCGCCCGGCUUCCUGGGGGCUGGGCCGCUGCCGCCACCGCCCGGGAGGGACGCCGCGUCCUCCUUCCCGCCGGCCAGCGCCCGGGCUGGCCCUGGGGCCUUGUCGAUGCACUUGUCCCGGCGCGCCGGGGGCUCGGGCGGCGCGUCCUGGGAGGGCGCCGCGCCCAGGGGUCAGCGGCCCCGGCCGCGGCCUAGCGCCGGGCGCCUCCGGGUCCCCGCGGGCGCCCCCGGGCCGGCCUCGCGCGCUGGGCCUGACCCGCCUCGGCUACGGAGCGGGCGAGGUGGGGGCGGGGAGCCUCCGGGGACCGAGCGGCGCCCUGCUGGCAAGCCCGGGUGCCGGCUCCCCUGGGGGUCCCGGGGCGCGGGCGGCGGCGGGGUGGGGACGCGUGUGCCCGCCCCGCGCCCUCCGAUCCCGCUCGGGGCGCCGAGUGGCAUUCGCCCGCCGGCCAAACGUGGUUGGUGCAAAGCCGCGGCCGCCACUUCCUUUCCGCCUCGCGGGCCGGGCUCGCCCACCAAGCGAUGCCCGCUGUGGCCGAUCGUGGCGCCCGCCCGCUCGCGGGGCUACGGCCUGGGACCCGGCCCCGAGAGGGCUCGGGCAGCCUUUCCAAGUUCCAGGGGCUUCAGGAUGCAACUCAUCCCCUUCCGAGGACGCACUGGCGUCUGGGUUUGGGCCGCACGUGUGGCUGCGUUGGCCGCCCUCACCCCCUUGCCCCUUUAGAGGGGAAGAAGAGGGCAGGAGGCUGGCAGCCAGAGCCGGGCUCAGAAACGGUCUUCCCAGCGCCGGACGAGGUGCCCGAGUCAGUCGGUGUAGGCAGGACCCCUGGUCAUCGGCUGUGAACGUGACCCCUGGGACUGGCAGUCGAGGUUGCCCCAUACUUGCGGCUUGGCGUUUAGUAGUUUUCACCCCCUCUGUAUAGUGUUUGUAACUUAGGGAUAUUUUACCCGCUCCCUUCCCCCAGUGUGGGCUACGGGUAGUGCUCCCAGCCCUGGGUUAAGAAUAUUCGGAGGUUUCCUAGUUGAGGAAAAGUGCCAGCAUUUACCUUCUGCCACUGGCCUCCCUGUUGCUGUGACUAGGUCUGCUUUUGAUGAAUGGCAAGGGAGGGUGGAGGAUAGUUACAUUUCCUGUUGUGGAUUUUCAGGAAUCACCGAGGUUGCUGUCAAGCUUGCAUUCACUUAUUAGUUUUCAAACCGACUGCAGAUAACAUUGGAACUUAGCAGCCUGAGCUUUUUUUGGUGUUUAAGGCAGGUGCAGACAGGGGGCUGGUGACAGACUGGGACCAGGUCGAUGGUCUUGAAGUUAGGCAGGCGCAUGCUCCGCUCCCUUACCAAGACCUGGAGGGUGACCCCUGUUUAAUCCCAUGCACACACAUUCAGGACUUUCUAGUUUUCUCACCCCACCCCCAUCAUUCCUUUUUUAGAGGGGGGGAAAGGGUAGAAAUAGAAACCUAAGAAAUCCUGGAAAAACUUGUGUUUUCUAAGGAAACUUCAACAGAUGGACGGUUUAGGACUCAACCAGGCAUUUUGAAGCGGUAAAGUUGGAAGGAACAUCUAUCGAUUGAUGGGGCAGAGUCCAGAAUUUCACUGUAAUUAGUGAAUGAUUAUAAUUUAUAACUCAGCUUGUUGUGUAAGAAGUUAGAUUUUGGUUUCUUAGAUCCAAGAGUUCUUUGCUGUUACAAUUUGUAACUGCGUCUUAAUAUUAAACGUUUACAUAUUUCAUUCUCAAUGAGUUGAGUUUUUUUCUUUUGACCUUCAAAAGUUAGAGAUAAUUCCGCAUAUUUCAGACCGACUUACCAGUAAAAAUGUCAUCAUAACCAAAAGUAAGGGUUUGUAGUUUAAUUGGAAGCCAGUUAUGGCAAACAAAAAGUCCUGACAGCUCAGUGAACCAUGACCCCACUUUUCUCUUUCUCUGCUUUCCCGAGGACUUUAUUAGGCAAAUAUUCAGUAUACCAAAGCUAGCUAAAGAUGUUUAAACAUAGUAGUGGAAAAUUUGAAACUCUGGAUGUUUAACAUUUGACGUGGGUCGAUUUCUUGUGUUUUCAAGGACACUGUACUUUUAUUCUUAGUAUUACGGCAUAUAAGCUUCGUUGUUUUUAGAGCAUUUUCACACAAUUUCCUUUUGAUAGAGAACAGACCACUGAGCUCUAAAUGGGGUAUCUGGGACAUGGUUCCGUUAUGUGCUUUAUACCAAAAAAAGGCUUAAAGCAAAUAAGGGACUUUAUUCAUUUAAUAACUAUUCCCAGAACAUUCACGGUGCCCCAGACACAGUGCUUGUUCUGUGGAUUCAACUGGGAACAGGAAGACAAUUUCUUUACCUUCUGGGGAGAUUGCAUUCUAGCUGAUGAGCUGACAAUACCUAACUAAAAAUAAAUACAGUAAUUACCUUUUCCAGUGAGUUCUGUGGAAGGUGAUAAUACUUAACUGUAUAUCUGAAGGGUUGCAAAGGGAACAAGUGAGAUACUGUUAUGAAAGAAGGUUGCAUAAGUUACAGCAACCUACAAAUGUAUAAGGUGUUCACUUUCAGAAUUCUGUCAGAUUAUUCUUCAUUUUAAAAGCCAGGGAGGGAGUUCCCUUCAUGGCUCAGUGGUUAACAAACCCAACUAGGAUCCAUGAAGACACGGGUUUGAUCCCUGGCCUCACUCAGUGGGUUAAGGAUCUGGCGUUGCCGUGAGCUGUGGUGUAGGGGGCAGAUGCAGCUCAGAUGUGGUAUUGCUGUGGCUGUGGUGUAGGCCGGCAGCUAGCUCCAAUUGGACCCCUAGCCUGGAAACUUCCGUAUGCUGCAGCUGUGGCCCUAAAAAAAAAAAAAAAAAAGAAAAAGCCAGGAAAUCAUCACUGUGGCUUAAACAUUGACUUUUCAGCAAGAAGGGAUUUUACUUGUUCUGAAAGUGUAUAGAUAAUGGUAAGGAAUUUAACACAGAAUAAUUAUUUUAUGUAAAGCAUUAAAGUAUUUAACAAAAUGAAAUAUGUUAUUGCCAGUGAGUUAUUUUUUUUUUUUUUCCUGUCAGGAAAGAAGUUAGAUGGUGUCCAUGGAGACCAGAUGAUAUGGAAAUAAAAAUGAUUGAGCUAAUGUAUUUUCCCUCUUUAUAUCAGGAGGAAAUCUUCCCAAGCUCACUGUACUUUAGUCUGAAUUUUCUUCAUCAGUACUGAAAACCCUUCAGUUCAUUACAUGUUAUUACAGAGUAUGCCCUUAACUGAUUUUAGUUUUUGCUAUAAUAUCUUUAAAGGGACUCAGUUAACUUGCAUUUAUUUUUUGAAAGCUCAGUACAUAGCCAGCACUAUUAUAUGUGAAAAUAUAUGAUGACAAGGAAACAUAUAGUGAAAAGGAACAUAUAGUGUGUGUGUGUGUGUGUGUGUGUGUAUAGAUGUGUAUAUAUAAGGAAACAUAUAGUGUGAAAAGGAACAUAUAGUGUGUGUGUGUGUAUAUAUAGAUGUGUAUAUAUAUGUGUAUAUAUAUAUAUUUAAUAACAUAAAAUAGUAUACAAAAUGACAAAUUGUUAUGAACUGUCAGUUAUUGUUAACAAUAAAAUCAGUUCUUCUUUUGGUCUUUAUGGGACACCUUUCCCACAGGGAGGUAGGAAGUUAGGGCUUUCUGUCCCCAUUGGCCCAUUUAUGCCCUUCUUUUGGUCUUAGUCUGAUGAAUAUUUGGCUGUCAUGUCUAUCCCGAGGCAGGAUCAAACAGUGGUCCUCGUGGUAGGGGUAGCUGGUGGGAAUGGGAGUGAAGAGACUUUAUUAAAUCUUGAUUUUUUUUUUUUUAAUUUUUCAGCGAAGAAUGAUGUUAUCUAUAUGAUCCAGAUUUAAACCUGAAGCCAAUAUAUUAUAUAGAAUACGAAGGGAAAUACACAGGCAGAAAAUCAAGGCCACCUGAGGCUGGUCUAUGACCUGUCCAGAGAACCCACAGUCACCAGUGUUUGACCUUGAAAGAUCCUUUUAAAAUGAUUUCCCCUCUCACAAGUUCCAUCUUUUGACAGACUGUCUCUGAAACAGAUUGUGUUUAGUUAGGAAGACUUCACAUGCCCAUUUUUAUUACUCGGCAACACACCGGACUUGUAGUCAGAGCUCCCGAUGGACUUGAGAGAACUAGCGGCAUCAAAUCCAGCUGGUCUGAUUCCAACCUCAAGUAAAGAAACUUGACGUUGUGGACAGCCUGAGCAGCAGUUUCUUGGAUAAACUGACAGUCCGCUUAGGCUUUCUGAGGUUCUGAAAUUGGCUACCGUCUCCCCACUCCCAUCAGUAACUCUUAAGUUCUGCUGGGGAUCCAGGAACCCUAGGUUAUCAAUCAUUGCUGUAACCCAGACAAUUAUUUUGUUAAAUGAAUGCACACUUUGGGUCCUUAUUUCAUUUAGCUAUUAGAUAUAUGCUGACAGCCAGGUAUGUACAAGGCUCUGGGUAGUGGAAGGUACAUGAAUUCAAGAGUCCAGAGGCCCGGAGUUGACUUUCAGCUCUUUUAUUAACUCUCCAGUCAUUUCCUCUUUCUGGACCUUAGUUUUCACAGUUGUAAAAUGGGGCUGCAUCGCUCUGUCAUUUCUGAAGGAUGGCACUCAGGUGUGUAUCAGAAUCACGGAGGGCAAGGGGCUUUCAGAAGCCACACAGAACAUUCAGAUUUGAGGCUGAAUGCAGCUCCAUCCUCUCCUUUCUCUCCUGCCCUAAGAACCCCAUCCUCACCCCCACCUCCACCCCAAGAGUAAGCCUCUGAUGUUCACCAGUGUGUCCUCAGGUGCUGGGCCAGAGCAAAGGUGGAGAACCACUGCAUCGAGGAUCUCUGUCUAGGGCCAGAUCGUUUCAUUUCCUCAUUGGCUCAGAGGCAACACUGGGCAGGAAAGCAAGCAGAUGGAACUUAUCAUCCACCUUUUAGGUGGUGCUUUGAGUAGGGAAUCUGUGGUCCUUCUCUGUUGGCUCUGCUCAUGUUGACCUUGCUUGUCAUAUAAAAAUGGGAUGAGUGUUGUGGUUGUGAUACUUUGAAUUUUCCAUUCUGAAGAGGCAAGAAGGACUUUGUUUUAUGACGAUGUCUCUGUCUAGGAAGGCUUAUAUAAAGAGUCAUGGGUUGUUUUUUUUUUGUUUGUUUGUUUGUUUUCUGUUUUAGCUUGUAUUCCCCUUUAUCAAUUUAGUAUUAAGUGUCGAUAUACAAGAAAGAACAAGAGUCAAGCAAAAAAAUGUCCCCUUAUGUCCUGUGCCCUGUGUGUAUGCCUUGUAGUCCCAUGAUUAUGAGAAGGGAGUCUGUGCCCUUUUUUCUCGUGAUGAAUCCUAAGCAUUUUUAUCUCAAAGGCAAGACCAGUUUAGUUCAACGGAGUAUCUUAAUGUAGAGUUUUGUGUGAUAAAAGCCUGUCCAGUUUUCAUUAACCAUUUUUUCGAGUUAACUGCUUGCUCUGUCAUUGUCAUAAAUAAUUUCUUCUCCGGUGUCCUUAGCAAUCUGUUGCUCCUGUGUGAGAGCAUUUGAUACUCAUACACCCUAAUGUGAUCAAAGGAAAGAUGAGCUUCCAAUUUAAUUUGUUCUUAUUGAGCAUAAAGAUGUCAAGUUUUUGUAGGCACCAAAGAAAUACUUUAUAGAUGAAAUGCACUGUCCUGGCCCCAUAAGCUUAGAAUCCUACAGACUUCUCCAUCUCAGGAAGUUGACAUUUUGAGUGAGAAGGAACUGCAGACAGUCCACCCCUCCCCACCCCC